UUUCUAGGUAGACAAUGUUAUUAGCUCAGAUAAAUCGAGACUCUCAGGGAAUGACUGAAUUUUCUGGAGGAGGAAUGGAGGCCCAGCAUGUGACUCUUUGUCUAACAGAAGCUGUAGCUGUGCAAGAUGGUGACAACUUAGAAAACAUGGAAGGUGUGAGUUUGCAAGCAGUUACCCUGGCUGAUGGCUCCACUGCUUACAUACAGCACAAUUCUAAAGAUGGCAAAUUAAUGGACGGCCAAGUGAUUCAAUUAGAAGAUGGUUCUGCUGCUUACGUUCAACAUGUACCCAUGUCUAAAAGUAGGGACAGCUUGCGUCUGGAAGAUGGACAAGCAGUUCAGCUGGAGGAUGGAACUACAGCAUUUAUUCAUCACACCUCGAAAGACAGUUAUGACCAGAGUGCAUUACAAGCAGUCCAGCUGGAGGAUGGAACUACUGCCUACAUUCACCACACGGUGCAGAUGCCACAGUCAGAUACUAUUUUAGCCAUUCAAGCUGAUGGCACGGUGGCAGGUCUUCAUACAGGAGAUGCUGCCAUUGACCCAGAUACCAUCAGUGCUUUGGAGCAAUAUGCAGCCAAGGUGUCUAUUGAUGGAAAUGACAGUGUUAGUGGCACAGGAAUGAUAGGCGAAAAUGAACAAGAUAAAAAAAUGCAGAUUGUCUUGCAAGGACAUGGAAGCAGAGUGACUGCAAAAUCUCAGCAGAGUGGAGAGAAAGCCUUUCGCUGUGAUUACGAUGGCUGUGGAAAACUGUACACAACAGCUCACCAUCUUAAGGUGCAUGAAAGGUCACACACAGGCGACAGACCAUAUCAGUGUGAACAUCCUGGAUGUGGCAAAGCCUUUGCAACAGGGUAUGGGUUAAAAAGUCACGUCCGAACGCACACUGGUGAAAAGCCUUAUCGGUGCACAGAAGAAAAUUGCACCAAAUCAUUCAAGACUUCAGGAGACCUGCAGAAACAUAUCCGAACCCACACAGGUGAAAGGCCCUUUAAGUGUCCCUUUGAAGGAUGUGGCAGGUCAUUCACAACAUCUAAUAUUAGAAAGGUUCACAUCAGGACACAUACAGGUGAAAGGCCUUAUUACUGCACAGAGCCAGGAUGUGGGAGAGCUUUUGCCAGUGCAACUAAUUAUAAGAAUCAUGUGAGAAUACACACAGGGGAGAAGCCCUAUGUCUGUACAGUUCCUGGUUGUGAUAAACGUUUUACAGAGUAUUCCAGUUUAUACAAACAUCAUGUUGUACAUACUCAUUCCAAACCAUAUAACUGUAAUCACUGUGGGAAAACAUACAAGCAGAUUUCUACACUUGCUAUGCACAAGCGGACAGCACACAAUGACACAGAGCCCAUUGAAGAAGAACAAGAGGCUUUUUUUGAGCCACCUCCAGGUCAAGGUGAAGAUGUUCUCAAAGGCUCCCAGAUAACCUAUGUGACAGGUGUAGAGGGAGAAGAUGUAAUUUCUGCACAGGUUGCUACAGUUACUCAGUCAGGAUUAGGUCAACAAGUAGCACUAAUAUCCCAGGAUGGAACCCAACAUGUCAACAUAUCACAAGCAGAUAUGCAGGCUAUUGGCAAUACUAUCACUAUGGUAACACAAGAUGGCACCACCAUCACAGUCCCUGCCCAUGACGCUGUCAUCUCUUCUGCAGGAACGCAUUCCGUAGCAAUGGUUACUGCAGAAGGCACUGAAGGACAACAG